AUGAGUCAUAGUAAUAUACGGAACCAAAGAUCUCCGCACCCUUCAAACACUACAUCUCCCCUCCUUUCCGCUCUACAGAAUCCAAGCGAUCUACUAGGUCGCUCGAUCCCGUUCUCGUCGUUCCGUGUCGGUUCUUCUCCGUCUUCAGGAGCUCCGAAUAGUCUCGGGUCGCAAUCUGGUGGCGUAGGUCUUAGUGGAGGUCCCUCACCACCACCGAGUGCUCCAGCAUCGUAUUCGUCUGGGGGAGGAGGAGGAGGAGGCUUCAGUUCAUCGCGGCAGGUUAGGGGUUAUCCAGGGUUCGAGGAACAGUACUAUGGUACCGCGGGCACAAACAACAACAACUUCUACGCUCCUACUCAACGCUCGGCGGGCGUACCAUUGAAUGGAGUCACCCAUUUGCAGGCCGGAGAGGGCGACUACGCAUGCGAACUUGCUACAGUAGAUGAACUUGGAUUGUCGGGCGGCAACCCUCGGUUUGCCGGCGGAAGCGGUGGAAGUGGUGGAGGCGGCGACAAUGUAGUCUGUCUCGGCUGGGAUGGGGGUGUAGAUAUCUGGCGGAUCGGACGGGGCGCGGUCGAGCAGGUCGGGAGACUCGAGGGCCUGCGAGGCAGCGUCAAGAGUGCAAAGAUCCUUCCGAAUCCGCCGUUCAACGACCCGCUGGCUGCUCACAGGCCCCUGAUCUGCUUGACCGUCCACUCGCCAAUCAUACAGGGACCAGGUAGCGACGCCGAUCACGAGACGGCGGCGGCAGCACCACUCUCUGAGUCACCGUAUUCUUCCUCCCCUCCAUCUCGGCCGGAAACUUCCAACUCUCAUCGGAGCUCGCAGGACGGCGAUACGGUGACGGACUGGCAGACUACCGUCGAGGUCUGGAGUUUGACCACGAGGACAAGACUGUGUAAGCUCCUCACCAGUCCGCCCAUUCCCACUGCCGAUCUGGGAUUCGGCAAUUUCGCACCGCCUCUGGUCUGGGGAAACCUCCGCGUGCAAGUCACCGGAGAUAAGAUCGUUGUGGGAGUCGGCUCCAGCGGUGAGGUUUACGUGUUUAGCUUAGAAGCCAGUCCGAGCGGCGGAAGCGGCGGAAGCGGCGGUGCAAAGAGGGGAGGGAGCCCGAACCAGGAAAAGGCGGAGUGGAAGUGCUCGGAUAAGGUGUGGACUUCGGUCCAAUUCCCUCACGGACAGAACGCGUCGACGGACGGCAUUAUGGGCCUGGGAUUGGGCUUUCCGUCCAUUGGAACACCGGUGUUUUCCUUGUCUGGCCGAUGGCUCGCAUACUGCCCCGCUUCCACGGGAACUCUCACUGCGGGCGGGCAAGUUGGCGUUCCGAUCACCUCCCACGCCGUGAUGGCACCGGCACCUCCAUCCCAGCCUCCCAUCUCCGCUGCCUGCUCACUCGAGGACGAGGCAUUCCUAAACAGGAUGGCCCGAGAAGUAACGCAGGAGGUGAUCCGAGGCGCGAAAUGGGCCGCCGACGCUGGUUUCAAAAAGUUCCAGAGCUACAUGAACGGCGGUGCAGUGGGCGGAAACUCGCCGCCGUUGCCACACCAGAUGCCCAGUGGAAUGGGCGUGCCACAGCCGAAUGGUAUGCAGAUUGCACAGAUUGGAAAUCCCCAGCAACCCAGUGGACUGGGACAGCAGCUCCGACAGCUACAGCAGAUGGGCGGAUCACCACAGCAGCAGUUUCAACAACAGCAGCAGUUCCAGCAGCAGCCGGUACAGGUGCAAUAUGUGCAUGAACCGCGGUUGGUUAGCAUCGUCGAUCUUCACAAAAAUUCCAAGCAGGAGAAUGGACUUCCCCUGGCUACGUUCUUGCCGCCAGCUGGUGUCAGUUUUUUGAGUUUUUCACCCGGAGGGCUGUCGUUGCUCACUGCUAGCUCGAAGGGCGAUAUCCUGUUCGUUUGGGACAUGCUGAAGGUUGUGCAUCACCCACCCGGAUCUCUCAACCAUCAACGCUCUGCCUCAAUGCCGGGAACUUUGGAUACGAGUGGAGGAGCAUCUGGUCCCGAUACCCAGGGACGACAUGUCAGGCAGAUUGCUCGCUUCACUCGUAUGACUGUCGCUACGAUCGUGGAUGUCGAUUGGUCUUCGCCUCGAGGAGAGAAGAUUGCGGUGAUCACUGAGAAGGGAACAGCACAUUUCUACGAUUUGCCUUAUGCCGCGCUUCAGUGGCCGCCUCCGCGCCGACCUCCCCCGUCGUCUACAGCUGCGAACAGUCAGACUACCGCUGCUGGGGCCGUCGUGUCGAAUGCGGUCGAUCUGUUUAACAGUUCCACUCGUCCACUCUUGACCGCCGCCCGACGAAGGAGGAGCAGGAGUUCUUCCGUUGGCUCACCGGGCGGCAUGUUCGGCUCACCAUCCGUCGGCCGUCGAACUUCCGGUGCACCAGGCACUUCUCCCAACGACCCACCGGCUGGCGGUAAUAAGAUACCUCUUCCGCCGUCGGCAUCCGGCGUAUCACCUGGCUGCGUCAAAUUCCUGACGGCCAAGGAGCGCGGCUACGUGGCGGUUAUCGGCGGUGGCCUGCUCCGCAUCUACGAGCUCCGCCCCGGCGGCUCGGGCAAGAAAGGCUCCAAAAUUGGUGGGGUAGCAUCCGGCAACUGGUGGGAAUACGAUCUACCCAACGUCCCAGCCACAUCCGAGCAUACUUUUGCCGAACCAUCCGACGGCAAGGCAGGCGGAUAUUGGGCGUUCCGCUCGCACUGGGGCCGCGGUACGGAUGAAGAAAACAACAAUGCUGAAGGAUUCUGGAAGACGCCACUGGCCUGGGCCGAGAUCGAGACGAACAGCGCGUUUAUCCCCUGGCAUCAAGAGCGCCGCGUAAAGAUGUUUGUCUACGAUCCCCCCACAUAUCAGAAACAGAUCCGUCCACCGGGGAUAAAGUUCCUCCCUUCGGCAACGCAGCCAUCAUCAAUGCUGUCCGUCACCCCACCCAACUGGGAAACCGACACCACCACGAAGCGUGGGAAGAAGGGCAAGAAAGGAUCGAAAAAGACACCUUCUCCCGAUCCCUCCCUCGAGCCCUCCGAGUCGACUUCCCUCCCGCCAGCAUCGGACACACUCGCGGAGGUGACGCUGAACGAGCCAGUGCCCAUCUUUGAAGCUCCGCAAGCGCCAAAGGAAAAGUGGGUAUUCGGCAUGCCGAUGGAGUCGGAAAGGAUAUUCCUUAGCGAUGCGGGGGGCCGCGGCGACGUGACGUUCUGUGGGGAGGGAGAGGAUGGGCUGGAGGCCGCCAUGAUGGACGGACUCCAGCUGGAUGUGGUCAGCGGAAGAGGAGGCGAGGAGGGCUUCUUCGAGGAGGAUGUCGAGGUGCUGGAUUUUGCGUGA